AUGAGGACACAAAAUGCAAAAAACAUACUGUUGGUGUUAUGUCUCGCCGUAUGUGUAGGGAUGUGCCAAUCAGAUAUCGAGGAAGAUGCCAAGGUCGCUGCUGGAGACAUCAAGGAGGGUGCCACAACUGCUUAUAAUGAAGCCGCAGAAAAAACCGAGUCUUUUGCUAAAUGGGCUUAUGAUAAACUUUCUGGACAAUUUGGGACAAAAGAGGAAGCGGAUAAAAUACAUCAAAAUGAAAAGUUUUCAUUUUCAGAUGUUGCCUCAGAGAUAUCAAAUUCAUUUAAAAAGGCUGCACCAGAGACUUCUAACUCUGCUGAAAAAGCAGCUUCUGAGAGUAAUAGGAAAGCAAAAGGUGCAUAUAAGGAAACUCAAAAACAAACAAACAAGGCUGGAGAUGCAAUUGGAGAUGCAGCAAAUGCUGCCAAAGAUAAAGCAAAAGAUGGUUAUGGUGAAGCCAAGAAAACUACAAACAAGGCUUCAGAUAAAGUUGAAGAUACAGCUGAUGCUGCUAAAAAUAAAACAAAGGAUGCAUAUGGUGAAACCAAGAAACAUGCAGAGAAGGCUUCAGAUAAAGUUGGUGAUACAGCAAAGGAUGCAUAUGGUGAAACCAAGAAGCAUGCAGAGAAGGCUUCAGAUAAAGUUGGAGAUGCAGCUGGUUCUGCUAAAAAUAAAACAAAGGAUGUGUAUGAUGAUGCCAAGAAACAUGCAGAGAAGGCUUCAGAUAAAGUUGGUGAUACAGCAAAGGAUGCUUAUGGUGAAACCAAGAAACAUGCAGAGAAGGCUUCAGAUAAAGUUGUAGAUGCAGCUGAUGCUGCUAAAAAUAAAACAAAGGAUGUGUAUGGUGAUGCCAAGAAACAUGCAGAGAAGGCUUCAGAUAAAGUUGGUGAUACAGCAAAGGAUGCAUAUGGUGAAACCAAGAAACAUGCAGAGAAGGCUUCAGAUAAAGUUGGAGAUGCAGCUGGUGCUGCUAAAAAUAAAACAAAGGAUGUGUAUGAUGAUGCCAAGAAACAUGCAGAGAAGGCUUCAGAUAAAGUUGGUGAUACAGCAAAGGAUGCAUAUGGUGAAACCAAGAAACAUGCAGAGAAGGCAUCAGAUAAAGUUGGAGAUGCAGCUGGUGCUGCUAAAAAUAAAACAAAGGAUGUGUAUGAUGAUGCCAAGAAACAUGCAAAAAAGGCUUCUAAUGUAGCUGAUGAUACAGUUGAUGAUGCUAAAGAUAAUGCAAAGGCUGCUUAUAACUGA